UAAGGUUAUAUGAAGAAAGAUAUACAAAUGAAAACAUAGAUAGAGAGAGAUGAUAUUAGUUAAUUAAAUCUUUUUUUUAAUACUUAGUUUUUAAUCAAUCAGCAAACUCUCCUUCAUCUUCUAUUACAAUUAUCCAUCUUCUGUUGUUGUUCUUACAAGAAUGUUUAUAUUGUAGUUGCAGGUAAGUUAGAACUCACGAGUUAUAGUUUCGAAACAUGGAGUUGACUUUAUGCAUCUUCUUGGUUAAAAGCUUGGAUCCAAUCUGAAGCACUAAACCAGUUUCUUGAUUUUCUUGCGUAAUUGGAUUUUUGAUUUUCCUUCCGACAAGAUGUUUGAAGGUCGACCACGAGAUUCUUGUCUGGUUUCAACUCUCUUCACCAUGCCAAGUCAUCAAGAAACCAAAUGGAGCUUCUCGAUUUCCACAAAACGGGCCUUUCUCAAUGAAGACGAGAGUCACAACCACAAGAAGAUUCACAAGUUCUUGAAUCUUGACGGAGGAGAUGGAGAGAACGGGUCAUCAUCAGAUUCUGGAUCGUUAAUCCCAGGGAUGAACAAAGACGACUCACUCACCUGUUUGCUUCGUUGCUCUCGAGCUGAUUACUGCUCCAUUGCUUCAGUGAGUCGAAACCUACGAGCUUUGGUCCGAAGCGGCGAGAUUUAUAGGCUCAGGAGGCUACAAGGGACGCUCGAGCACUGGGUUUACUUCUCGUGCCAUCUCAACGAAUGGGAAGCGUUUGAUCCGAGGUCGAAACGGUGGAUGCGUUUGCCGAGUAUGCCGCAGAACGAAUGUUUCAGGUACGCAGACAAAGAGUCUCUCGCUGUCGGAACUGAUUUGCUUGUGUUCGGUUGGGAAGUGAGCUCUUACGUAAUCUAUAGAUACAGUCUUUUGACUAACUCUUGGUCUACUGGUAAGAGUAUGAACAUGCCUAGAUGCUUGUUUGGGUCCGCUAGUUACGGUGAGAUCGCGGUUUUAGCCGGCGGUUGCGAUUCAAACGGUAGGAUUCUUGACACGGCUGAGAUGUAUAACUCUGAGGACCAGACUUGGUCGGUGUUACCGGCGAUGAAGAAGCGGAGGAAGAUGUGUUCCGGUGUGUUUAUGGAUGGGAAGUUUUAUGUGAUUGGUGGGAUUGGUGUUGGGGAAGGGAACGAGCCUAAGGUAUUGACUUGUGGUGAAGAGUUUGAUAUGAAGACGAGAAUAUGGAGAGAGAUUCCUGAUAUGUCGCCACCGAGGUUGAUAAACCAAGGGAAUGGAAUGUCAGCGGCUGCGAUGGCUCCACCGCUUGUAGCGGUUGUGAAUGAUCAGCUUUACGCGGCUGAUCAUGCCGGUAUGGCGGUUAGAAGGUAUGAUAAGGAGAGUCGCGUUUGGGUUCAAGUUGGGAGUUUACCUGAGCAAGCUGGCUCCAUGAACGGUUGGGGCUUAGCGUUUAGAGCUUGUGGGGAUCAGGUUAUAGUGAUUGGUGGACCAAAGGCUCCAGGUGAAGGGUUCAUUGAGCUUAACUCAUGGGUUCCAAGUCAUGGUGCACCACAGUGGCAUUUACUUGGCAAGAAACAGUCUGUUAAUUUUGUUUACAAUUGCGCGGUGAUGAGCUGCUGAAGAUGUGAACAACAAUGUUGGUUUAGUUGGUGUUAAGAGGCUUAUUAGUUAUGAUUAAGAUAUAAAAAAAAUUGAGGAGAUUGUUGUUAUGUAACUUAUUGUUGAUUUGUAGUUUCAUGUUUCUUGCUGAGUUAUAUUGAUCUUACACUUCAAUGGAUGGUUCUUCUUUUCAUGUUACGUUUUGAGCUCUUAGAUAUUUC